AAAUAGAGAGUGAGAGUGUGGUGUCUAUAGAGAAAUUUACACAGAGAAAAGGGGAAAUUUGUUGGAGACAAACACUUUUCCCCCCCAAACCUAUUCUGGAAAUAUGGAUGAAAACAGCCCCCCUGGGGGUUGCAGUAAAGUUACCCUAAAGGAGAUUUUACAGGGUUAUGGGCAGCCAAUCAGCGAGGAGCAAGCCUGGGCCCUGUGCUAUCAGUGCUGUACCAAACUCAAGCAGAUGCUAUGGGGUGCCAAGCAGGUUCCGUUUGUACGUGGGGUGGAACAUAUUCACCUUCACCAGGAUGGCACCGCGUCCUUUGCGGUCAGUAAGGAGCAGAGAGGUGCCCGUAACGGAUCCCAGGACAUAAAUCAGGCUGAGAGAAAGAUCAUCGAGCACCUUGGGCAAGUCAUAUACACCGCACUGGACUGGGGUCUGACCAGCGACAUGGAACGCGUCUUAAGCGAGCCCCUCGAUAAGCUUCUGUAUAGCAUGCUGGGCCUCCAUGCCGUCGCCAUUGACUACAGCCUCCACUUCCAGUGUCCAAUCAUGCUGAAGGACAUCAUAAAGCAAUGUGCAGACAGACUGUUUACCCCUUCAGAAGCCUACAUCCAUUACAGAGCAGUCUGCCAGGUCCUCUUUGCAGAACACAAAGAAUUUUGCAACCUCCUCCUCACCAUAGAGAGGUCUAAACAGAGCCUGAGAAAGCUGGAAGCAGAAGAUAUUCUGGAUAAAGAUGCCAUAAUUUUGUAUGACAACUGGGGAAACCUAUGGAGCAAUGUUAUAAAGGAGCUUAGGUUGGGCAUCAGGCUCCGCAACUCCAAGGAUCGUUCCUAUGUGGGUCUCCCUGCUGAGUAUGAGCUUACUCCAUAUGAGCUGUUGAUGAACGAUAUCCGGGCCAAGCGCUAUACCCUUCGGGAAGUCAAGGAAAGUCAAAAAAGAAAAAUGAGCGAGAGUGUUGAAAACUUCAUCAUGGACUUUAUCCGUUUGCAGCCCCUGAGACCGGCAUCAGAGCGCAAACUAAAGGAAAAGUCUCAGGAGGAACCCAGUCUCCAUGAGCUUCUAAUGACUGAAAUUAAGUCCGGCAAGAAGCUAAGAGCAACACGGAGAAGAAAGAGAAAUUGCCUACAAGAUGACGAUUCUUUAUCGUCCCAAAGUUUCUCCCAAAGUGAUGAUUCCCUUUCCCCUCUGGACUACAGAAUGAGCUGCAGCAGGAGCACCCCACAGGCCUCUGAUCUGGGCAGCAAUGAAAGCGAUGUAAGUGAUGUGAAAAUCAGCUGGCAGUCAGACUUCAGCUCUGAAAACUCAUCGGACAGCAAAUUUUCAGACUUGACUUCGAGCAGUACAGACCUGAUGUUUGUUCCGGUGUUGACAUCAUCCCAAGUGGACCUUAAAAACAGCAGCUUCCUAAAUGCCGACAUGCUGAAAUAUUCAUCCCACAAGCGCUCCAGUUCCUAUGAAAGUCCCCUCCAGAAGAAAUACACUGAUCAUAAUUGCCGCUAUCCCAAAAUCCGGCCAAUCCCUACAAUUGCCGAACUGGUGCCGACUCGCCGUGACAUUGUUAAAGCCGAGAUGGCAGACUUUCUGCAGAAUUAUGGAUUCUCUGGAAGCAGGAUCUGCUUCUGCUGCCACAAGAAAAGGCUGUUCUUCACCUGGCCCUACACUUGCAAAAUAUGCGAAAGAGUGAUCUGCCCCGAGUGCUGUGUUGAGAUGCUGAUGCCUUUUAAGCAGUGUAUGCACCUUCCACUCAGCUUCUUCAAGACUCUGGUCCUGACCAGGGAUGAUGAUCCUUCAUGUCAGGAGCAGAGAACCCAAUUGUUCUGCAGAGAAACAUUACAGUGGGACUGUUCCAGCGUUCCAUUGGUGUUUGAGCCCCAGGAUCUCUCCGAUAAUAUUCCAUUUCACAAACGGACAAUGAAAAACUGGACAUGCAUGGACAUCUGUACCAAAUGUGAAGACUUCAUCUUGGAUACAGUGGACUUGAGCCAUCCAAGUAAUGUCACCAGCAAUGGGCUCAAGUCCCGCUGUUUAUCCCAAUCCUAACAACCCCACCAAAGUGACAGGGUUCCUUCUGUGAGAUCUUUGUUGGGAUAAUCCUUGACUGGAAGACAGUUCUCCAUUUGGACGAUGCAAUGAUCAUAUGAACUUGAUGGGACAAAGACUUGACAUUCUUAAAAGGGUAUUUUAUUCUAUGUCUUCUCCAUGUGCUGUAUAUGUUGUGUGUACGUUUUUGUUUAGAUGACCGGGCUCCUGAGAAUAAAAUUGUCAAUGUACUUUUGAGAUCUCCAAAAACACAUUCAACUUUUUUCCUGUCGGUGACUUGAGCCUCACUGCACCUAAAUAUUGGCCAGUAAUCAAGACCCGCCCACUGCGAUAGCAGAAAAUGCUUGAAAUAUUUGCUUUCACUUUUUCCUUUUUUAUGUCUGUUUUUGUUGUUUGUGCACAAAGUUGUGAAAUACGUUUUUUUUUUAUAAAUUAUUUUAUUAAACCUGUAUUCUUGCUUGUAUUUCUCAGUAGCCACAUGGAUCAUGAUGAGUCACAACACUAGGAUUACAAGGGAAUUUUUUUUUUUUUUAUUUAGAGUAUUCACCACAAGUUCACUCAGUCACAUUUGACACUAGUAUGGUGGUGUUCUAGUAGAAUUUUUUAAUUUAUUUUUUGUCUUCCCUUCCCUGAAUGUGUUUUUAAUGUUCCACUGUGUAAUCCUGAAGUAUUUCUGCAUUUUUAUUCAGCCCUUCUCUGAAGUGUUUGAGAGCAAAUCUUGUUUUUGUCCUGUGUAUGUAUCAUCAACCAUAAAAUAAAGAGCAGGAAUAUGAUGUGUUGCCAUGA